AUGUCCUUGCGGCGAGAGCGUGCCGUCAUCGCAGCACAAGCCUGUCAAACUUGUCGGAGCCGGAAAUCGAAAUGUGAUGAGCAGAGGCCAAAGUGUGGCCUCUGUAGGCGCCUGAGUGUCGAGUGUGUCUACCGCGAACCUCAGCCUACAAAAAAGGACAAGACCAUGAUUUAUAUUCUUCAGACUUUGCAACGGUUGGAAAAUAAGUUCGAUACCCUUUAUGUGUCCAAACCAUCCACGCCAGCAAGCAAUACCGAUUGGAACACCCCACAGACUGCAUCACGUCCACCAGGAGUCAACGGCACCAUGGCUGCUUCCGGAUCCAACGAGUCUCACGUAUCAUCUGAUAGCGAGAUACGUCCAGGGCGUCGCAUCGGAUCUCAAACAUCAUUUCCCCCUGACAUGCUGCGUACUUAUCAACACCUGACUGUGGCUCACAAAGUCUUGCUGUGGCCAUCAAUUUACCUACAUAUUCUCAAUUCUGGAAUUGCCGUAGCUUCGGACCUACAAUAUGUGCUUCAAGAAGGAACACCUUGGUUUAUCCACCUUGAGUUGCACAAGCAUCCAAAGACACUUCCCUGGGAUACCGACAUGCGAACAUACCCGAUGCCCAGUAGUACAGGGGAGAUGAGAGCUGGAUUCAUCGGCUUGACGCCAGAGAAUGUGCGGAGAAUGAGUGAUGCAUACUUCAGUACCUUCAACAUCCUGUUUCCAAUUCUCGACAGACAAAUGUUUAUCGAAGAUAUCCUCGAACCUGUUCUGAGAAACGGCUUCGCAGAUUGUGAUCCUCAUGGCUGCCUUGUCCUUCUUGUCUUGGCUCUUGGCCAGACUGCCAUCGAUGGUGUUUACGGUUCUCCAAUCAGCAUCAUUGAGGGUAAUCCCAGUGGUUUACGUGGAGGCACAUCUGAGAGACCACCUGGCUUGAAUCUUUUCAACGAGGCCCGGAGACGCAUGGGCUUCAUCAUGCAUCAAUGCACGCUUGAGAAUGUGCAAAUUCAUCUGCUUGAAUCUGCGUACUACGAAGCUUGCGCUCGACACAUGGACUUUUGGCGAGCCACGGUUGCAGCAUCAACUUCUUGUCAAAUCCUUAUCAAAUGCGAAUCUAUCGAUUGGUCUACACCACGAGCAGACCUCAUCAAACGCGCCUACUGGGCGUGUAUGCUCAGCGAAGAUAUGUAUCAUCUUGAACUGGAUCUCUCACAAACAGGAAUUCAUACUCUAGAGGAUCAAGUGCCACUCCCUUACUUCCAUGGCGCGGAAAGUAACUACGGCAGUCCCUCAGACGAAAAAUCGCAUUUCCAGUAUCAUUUCCUCGCAAUGAUAGCAUUGCGCAGAUUGGUGGCGCGUAUCCACGAGUCAAUACAUUGCUGUGAGUCAUCUAACUCGUCGGCUGAGCUGUCGGAAGACUAUGGUGGUCCGCCAGUUCAUGUUAUCAAGGAACUAGCUCGACAACUGGAAUCGUGGCGCUCAUUACUACCCCGACCUCUGCAAUGGUCAGACAACGACAAGACAGAAUUCCCCAACAUGGGUUCGACAGGACGACAAGGCACAGACUCACUCUUCUCGAUGGACCAAGGAUCUGUUCCGAUCAACCACCGAGACAAUCUGGACAUCAUGACAGCACAACUGAGGACGCAAUUCUACUAUGCACGAUUUAUGAUCUAUCGGCCUUUUGUUUACAAGGCUUUGCACUUCCCUGAGCUGAUGACGGAAGAGGACCAAAUAUGCUGCGCUCUGGCGAUUCAAUCGGCGUGUCUAUGGCCACUGGUGCUUGCGCCGCCCAAGAACAAGAAGCGAUUGGUGCCGCAUCUGUUCACAUGGACGCAGAACUUUGUGGGCAUAUUGCUUAUACUGCGCAUGACGACGGAGAAUGAAUGCUUGAAGAAGAUAUGCAAUGAGAGAGUGAACCGAAAGGACCUGGAGCAGACGACAACGUUGAUGUUGGAGUGGAUCCAGGACAUCAAACAAGUAGACGGAAUCGCAGAAUGGAGCUGGAAAAUGCUUGGACCUCUGUACUCGAGGCAUGGAUGA